ACGGCAUUUCCGCUAGAUUUCACUAUCGUCCUACUAUUCACAACUUGAUUACCUCCCGUAUUAUACCUACGAUGUUCUCCCGCUCAACUUCUCUCCUCCGAUCCUCAUUACGGACUGUCAACACGCCUUUGACCAGCCGGUCCUUCGCCUCGACCACCCUCCUCAGGAACUCUACGGCUAACGCAAGUCAAUCUACACACGAUGCUCAACAGGCCCGGGACGAUGGAGAGCAGAAGAUCUAUGACAAGCUCAAGACCAAGUUCAGUCCGAAGACCCUCGAUGUGAUGGAUGUUAGCGGUGGAUGCGGUUCUUUCUACGCCAUCCACAUCUCAUCCGCCCUCUUCAAAGGGUUGACGACGAUCAAGCAACAUCGGUUGGUGAACGAGUGUCUGAAGGAGGAGGUCAAGGAUAUUCACGGUCUUCAGGUAAGUGGGCCGAUGCAUACCUUACUCCUUCUGACAUCGAUUUAGGACUGUUGGGCUGUCAUUUGAGUUAUCUUCGCGAGUAUGGGUGUGAGGCUGAUGGAAAGUGUUUCUUUCUCUUGGAGCAGCUCAAGACCGUACCGGAAGAGUAAAGAUAGAACAGGACGCACGAAAGGAACAACUUCAGAUCUUACUCCGGAGAAGCAAGCAUCAACUUGGAUGGAGCUCCGGGAUGUCAUUCGUUGGCGGAGAGGUUCAUCGGGCUCGAUCUCAAAAAUAUAAAGAAUCCGAGGUCGAUCUUGAAGUACUGUAUCAUAUCAAAUCAGACAAUACCGAUAUAAGCAAGAUUAUUCUUAUCAGCCCACAAAAAAGGACAUCCGGCAGUGGCGGUCGAUCCGAGGCACCGUUCUCCUUUCGCUUGGUCAUUAG